AUGAAGAUAGUAAAAUACUUAAUACACACAUUACUACAUAUUUUAGCAUUACAAACAGCAAUAUUAAAGGCUGCUGAUCAAGCACCGCCGCAAAAUAACCCUGGAAAAGGUGCACCUCCUGCAGGAAGUCCGCCGCCCGCUGCACCGCCAGCAGCUAAGGCACCUUCGCAGGCUGCACCUCCUGCAGCCAAGAAACCUUCACCACCACCAGCUGCUGCUCCAGCACCACCUAAGAAUCUUCCAAACGGCGGAACUUUCUCGCAAACGUCUAGUUCUAGCUCUAGCAGCAGCAGCAGUAGCUCUAAAAGCCACUGUGAGACAAGAAAUGGAGCUGUUGUAAAUUCUAGCUCAUCGGGCAGCAACAAAAGCGCUAGUUCUAGUCAAAAAAGCAAUAUCAAUAUGAGUAACAAUAAUGGAAAGCUAACAACAGAUUCAAGCCAGUCUGCAAAAUCCAACGAAAAAUCAUCAAACUAUAACAAUAGUUAUAGCAAUAACAAUGGAAAUAUAAAAGAAAGUGCUGCUAAGAGCUCUAACAGCAAGAAUUCACAAUCUGCACAAAAUUCUUCUACAACCACGCAGAAUGGAAAUCCUAUAAGCUCUAGUAGCUCUUCAUCUGAAAGUAGUAAUAGUAAAAGCAACAAAAGUGAAAAAACUUCUAGUGUAACAGGAGGCGCGGCCGCUGCAUCGCAGGCUACUCAGGCAAAAGCAGCAUCGAAUACUAAUGCAUCUGCUAGUGCAGCACAAGCUAAUAAGCAAAGCACUGCACAAUCUUCGUCCCAAAGCAACAGACAGCAGAGCGCUGCACAGUCUGCAUAUGCACAAAGAGGAUAUUAUGGUGGCUAUUCACAACAGCGAUCAUAUAGUCCAUACCAAUCUCAAAACUAUGGAUGUGCAUAUGCCCAAAGAGGACAAUAUGGAUAUGCACAAUCCCAGAAUAGAUCAUCAAUGGCCACACAGCAAAACACUGCAAGUGCUGCCUCAUCUGCAAGUGCAUCUCAAAAAAAUACAGCAGCCACAACAGCAUCUCAAGCAUCAAGCAGUGCAGCAAAAGCUACUGAACAGAAGGCAGCAGCUUCCUCUAGCUCAAAAUCUGAGAGCAGUAAAUCUGCUUCAAGUUCAAAGAAUACUGCUUCACAGCAAUCAACAACUAACACUGGAGCAGCUGGGCAAGCUAGUAUGUCAUCCUCAAAGUCCGAGAGCAGCAAGGCCGCAUCAAGUUCAAAAAGCAGUUCAUCCCAACAAUCGACAACUACCACUCCUGGUGCAACUGGACAGACUACUAUGUCUUCAAAAUCUGAGAGCAGCAAGGCCGCUUCAAGCUCAAAGAACAGUUCUUAUCAACAAUCAGCAACUAGUGGAAAUGGGCAGGCUACUAUGUCUUCAAAAUCCGAAAGUAGCAAGGCCGCAUCAAGUUCAAAGAACAGUUCUUCACAACAAUCGACAACUAGUGGCAACGGCCAAGCCACCACGUCUAGCUCAAAAUCCGAAAGUAGCAAGGCCGCAUCAAGUUCAAAGAACAGUUCAUCAUCCCAACAAUCGACAACUACCACUCCCGGUGCAGCUGGGCAGACUACUAUGUCUUCAAAAUCCGAAAGUAGCAAGGCCGCAUCAAGUUCAAAGAACAGUUCUUCACAACAAUCAACAACUAGUGGAAAUGGUCAAACCUCCAUGUCUUCAAAGUCUGAGAGCAGCAAGGCCGCAUCAAGUUCAAAGAACAGUUCUUCACAACAAUCGACAACUAGUGGCAACGGCCAAGCCACCACGUCUAGCUCAAAGUCUAAGAGCAGCAAGGCCGCAUCAAAGUCUAAGAGCAGCUCCUCGCAUCAUUCUACUUCUAGUACAAAUGGCAAUGGUCAAGCCACCACAUCUAGCUCAAAGUCUGAAAGUAGCAAAGCUGCUUCAAAGUCUAAAAGCAGUUCAUCCCAACAAUCAACAGCUAGUAGAAAUGGACAAGCCAGCACGUCUAGCUCAAAAUCUGAAAGUAGCAAGGCCGCAUCAAGCUCAAAGAGCAGCUCUUCUCAACAUUCAACAACUAGUGGAAAUGGGCAUGCUACUGCAUCAUCUUCAAAAUCCGAGAGCAGCAAGGCUGCGUCAAAGUCUAAAAACAGCUCUUCACACCAUGCUACUUCUAGUACAAGUGGAAAUGGUCAAACCUCCAUGUCUUCAAAGUCAGAAAGCAGCAAAUCUGCCGCAAAGUCUAAGAGCAGCUCUUCACAUGAAUCAAAAACUAGUGGAAAUGGCCAAGCCACUACAUCAUCUUCAAAGUCUGAAAGUAGCAAGGCUGCAUCAAAAUCUACAUCUUCAUCUAGUAAAGAAUCCCAUCACAAUAAAACUGCAAAUUCACAAAAAAGCUCCUCUUCAACUAGCAAAACAUCAGAAAAAUCACAGUCUGCAAAAUCCCACUUAUCAAAAACAACAAAGUCAACACAAACUCCUACUGCUCAAUCUACUAAAGAAUCAUAUUCAAAGUCCUCUUCGAGUUCAUUAAAGGCGCGUCAAUCAAGCUCCAGCGCUAUGCACCAAUCAAAAACAGGGGCAGGGGCAAGAGAAUCAAUUUCACAGGGCGGACAUGCAUACAGAGAAAGCAAUUCUGGCUCAAGCUCAUUUAACCAUAGCUACUCACACUCAGCAGCAAGCAAAGAGGUAGCUACUAGAGAACAAUUUGCAAUGAACAGUGGCCAGAUGGAAAGUCAAUCAAUGCAUGCAGCAGGGUCAGAAAGCUACAAUAACGCGCAUUCCUCUAGCAUGCACUCUGAAGAAGCCAACCCUAGCAGAGUAGCAGCCGCAAGCAACACAAUUAACAUAACACAGAAUAACCAAAACAAUGUACAAAUGGCCAAUGCGCAAUCCACGAGUGUUGCAUCUUCUUCUGAUGGAGCUGCAAACUAUUCUUCAAAUGCUGCAGCAGCCAGUCCUAGCGCCGCUGCACAAGGCAGCACAGCUUCUGCAGGCGCUGCUGCCGCUGGAUCUUCUGAAGAAUGCCAGCAACAAGCCGGUAGCUCAGCACAGGCGCAGUCCGCAUCUGCAGAAUCUAACGACAGCAGUCAAAAGACUGAGAUAAUUAAAUUCUUCCAAACAAGAGCAGAUUACACACUAGACACCAAAGAAAUGAUGAUUGAGAGAGACAAUAAAUCUCUAUGCAAAGUGGCAAAUAACAUUACUACCAUUACACAAGAGGAAAUGAAAGAAGGAUAUGAUAUUAUCGAUACGUUCCUGGUGCUUGAACUCACCAUUGCUCCAUUUGCUAUAAUAGUAGAUGGUAUACUUAAAAAAACAAUGAGCACAUAUAUUAUUGUAUCAAUUAAUGGAGCCCCCAUUAAUCUUGCAAUCCAGUUGAUUGAUUGCGUUAAUUAAACAUGUAAUAAUGACGGAACAUAUUUAAUACGCAGA